CCCUCCUUCAUGGACCAUCACGAUCACAGCAACGUCAAGGUAUCACACAAACGUAUAUUCUUGUUCACGAAUGAGGACAACCCGAAUGAGGACAAUGACAACUUGCGCAAUAUUGCAUUCCAGAGAGCCAAGGACUUGUCAGACUUGGGCAUCGAGAUUGAGUUGUUCUCAAUGAACAAGCCUUUGAGUGACGAUCCAUUCGACUUUAAUCGAUUCUUCCAACGCAUAAUAUUCUUUAGCGAUGACAUGGCCAUCGACCAGGACUUCUCGGCCGUGACCAAGUUCGAAGCGCUUCGUUCCAAGCUGAAACGCAAGGAGUUCAAGAAGCGCUCUCUCGGUCGCAUCCCACUCUAUAUCAAGGACAGCGUUAUCGCUACUCAACUCUACAACCUGGUCAGCACGACUAGCAAGUCGUCGCCCACCUUGCUCGACCCGGCCACCAACCUGCCUGUCAAGACGCUCACCAAGAAUGUCUGUCUCGACACGGGCCAGGCGCUGCUGCCCUCGCAGAUAUCCUACAGCUACUACUACGGUGGCGAGCCCAUCGUCUUUGACAAGGACGAGGUGGAGUCGAUCCGCGCCAUCGACCGCCAGGGCAUCGUUCUGAUGGGCUUCAAACCGCGCAGCGCAGCACUCAAGCGACACAGGAAUAUCAAACACGCGUCGUUCAUCUUCCCCGACGAGCGAGCAAUUGCAGGUAGCACAGUGGCCAUCAAUGCACUGAUCACAGAGAUGAUGGCACGCGACAAGGUGGCCAUUGCCAAGUUCUUGCCGCGUGUCAACACGUCGCCACGCAUGGUGGCCCUGCUGCCCCAGGAGGAGGUGCUCGACGAUCAGGGCUUCCAGGUGGUGCCGCGCGGUCUCCACAUCAUCUAUCUGCCAUACGCUGAUGACAUACGCAACUUCCAGUUCGAGGUGACCAACCGCGCCACCAACGAUCAGACUGACGCGGCCAAGCGAAUGGUCAAGGCGCUCAAGAUACAAUACAACGAUCGAUUCUUCCUUAAUCCCGCACUGCAGAAACACUAUGCCAACUUGCAGGCACUGGCACUGGAGCGCGACAAGGUCGAGCCCACCAAGGACCUGAUUGCGAUGCCUGAUAUCCAGGCGGAUCAGCAGGACGAGCUAGACUCCUGGGCCUCGGCCGUCUACCCCGCCGACUAUGUCGACGAGCUAGCCAGCUCCAAGAAGAGGGAUCGCGAAACAAAGAACACAUUGGCAUUGAUGAACUGGGAACAGAUGGCCAACGAAGGCACGAUCGCCAAGCUCAAGGUCGUGGAGCUGUCCACAUUCCUCAAGAACCAGGGACAAAAGACGCCGAGCAAGUUCAAGAAGGCUGACCUUGUGGAGGCGGCCACAAACCUGAUCCUCGAGGGCAAGUUCGACCCGAUAAAGCUUGCCGAGAUGAAGGAUGGUGAUGCUCUCUAUGAUACGGCCAACCAAGACGACGACGAGAACGACAGACCCAAGAAAAAGGUUAGACAAUCGUCAUCACAAGACUCGACAUUGUCUUCGUCGACGGCUUCAUCAAAGAAGGCCGCCGCCAAGACUUCAACAACAUCAACUACAUCAACAACAUCCACAACGGCAAAGGCUGCAGCCAAAACAUCAAAGCCAGCUGCCCCAACUGUAUCUGCAUCCAAGAAGAAGCCUGCAACAACAGUGAUAGUGGAUGACGACGAUGACAUUAUGAUGCGUCCAGUUGACGAUGACGAUGACGAUACCUACAUGCCACAGCCAACCAAGACCAGCACGAUCCAACGCACGCAGAGUGACCUGUCCAACAUGAGUUCCAAGCCCAUCUGCAAGUACGACGGCAAGUGCUAUCGAAAGAACGCUGAUCACUUUGAGCAGUACCGCCAUCUCCAA